AUGGCGCCUGAUACAGAACAGAUAGAGAGAAGACGACAGAGAAGUUUCCCCCCAUUGGAGUAUCCGAUAUUUCGCGAUGUGGCGCCAAAAUCCGCCCAGAACUGGAUCAAAGGAAAGCGGGUGCAGGACGGCGCCGAAGAUCUGUGGAGAAUACAUGACAACUUGUAUGAUUUAACUGACUUCGUGUCAGCACAUCCUGGAGGUUCCGAGUGGAUUACUGUCACUAAGGGCACAGACAUCACAGAAGCAUUUGAAACACAUCAUCUAAAAGGAAUAGCAGAGACUUUAUUACCAAAAUAUUUAAUAAGAAAGACAACAAAGCCCAGAAACCAGCCUUUCACAUUCAAGGAGGACGGAUUCUUCAGAACUUUGAAAUUGAAGGUUAUGGCCCAACUACCUGAUAUGCCAAAGGAUUUAAGAAAAAAAAGUGACUUUGUGACGGAUUCUUUGCUCCUCGCUGUCAUAGUACUAAGCCCUUUGAGUUGCUGGGGCUGGAGAGAGAAUUUUCUUCUCGGCGCCACAUUGACACUAUUGAACAGUUUCUUUCUUUGUUCUGUUAUAUCUUGUGCACAUAAUUAUUUCCAUAGAAGCGACAGUUGACGAAUGUACUUGUUU